GAUAAAUUCACCAAACCAGAGUUUGACGAAUGGAUUGGUGGGAUUACGAGCGCUCUGCGCAGAGCACUCGGUGAGGAGACUGAGGAGGAUGCUGCCCUUGACGAAUAUCAGCCAAUGGAUGUUAAUGCCGCUGCCGAGGAAACAUUCCAAGAUCAGUCCUUCGAGGAUUCGUUUGCUGAUAUCCAGAGCAGACGCGCCAAAGGAAAGGCCAAAGACCCGCGAGAGGGCCCUGGUCUUGGUGCUCAGCAGAAUCCGAUUGAAUUGCUUUCCGACUCAGAGUCAGGUUCUGAGAGUGAGGAAGAAUAUGAAGAGUACUUUGAUAGGGAAGUAGAGGGCUUCGAUGCUGAUGAGGGAAGUGAGGUUUAUGACGGUCAUGACCAAGCUGGGCAUUGGACCGUAAAUGACCGCCCCUGCCCUAUCGAAUCCCCAGUCGAGAAAGAUGAGGUGGAGGAAAUGUUUUCUAGGGAGGAGAGUCCGGACAUUAUUGAGAUUGGCUCGGAUGAGGAAGAAGGUACUCGGGCUUCUGUACACGAAACACGAUACGGUGUCGGACAGCAUGCCCGACCUCCUCAAUUACCUCCUGAUGAGGUAGAAGAUCAACUACGUCCUAAUGGUGCCGUCGUGGAUGAACAGGAAGACCAACUUGACGCAGCAGUCGAAGAUUUCCCUCCAUCUAAUACGCAGCGUCAACCAUCUCUCCCUCUGGAUCUUCCUGAUCCAUGGCAGGGCCCACAGACAUACGCAGAGGACUUCUACGCUGGCGGCGAUUUUAGUGCACAAGAUCAGCUGAACGGCGUCUCCCCGUCUAGUCUCACCCCCGUGCAUGACGCACACGUUGAUACAUAUACGCUACAGGAUGGCGAGUCUCCUUCUGGGGCGUUUAAGACAGAACCCGCUGUAGUCAAUGUGGACGUGGCCGACGAGGCACUGCCUGAUUCGAGCCCCCCUCCGUCCUCCCCUGUCGAGGUGCGCUCCAGUUGUAGUCGUGUGGAUGAUUACCAGCUCUCCAAUGUGCGGGGAACUCACGAAGAGCAUGAAGAGCCUGAAAAUAUUAUUGACCAUUUAUAUCGAGACGCGGACAACAUGUCUCAAGAUGAGCAGCAAAUGAUAUUCGCAUCUUCAUUUAAUGGAUUCCAUAGCGGUUCAAUGUCUGCUCUCCAGGCCUACCCCAAACCAAUUGAACACCUUGACUGGAAUUGGCCUCCCGCGUUCCCUCAUGGGAAGUUUGCUAACCGCGCUGGAUGUCUCGAAACUUCUUCUCCAAGCGCGGGGUUCGACGACAUUGAAGAGGUGCUCGAUGACGUCAUUGAUGUCGACGCGGAGGAAGAAGAUGGAAGUGAGGAAGCCCCGGAAGGUCCUAUUCCACUAGGAACGAGCGAUCUUGGGUAUAAUGACGAGGUUCAUCAGCGGGGACAGGAUGAACAGAGCAACGACCGGGACGGACUGGGCGAGGAAGUUGUCGAGGAAGAUGAUAUCCAGGCCCCGGAAGCCGGUCAAUACCCGCUUUCUUUGGAAACUCAGCUGAAUGCUGAUGAACGUGCCGCGGUGGAUAAUUUCUUUGAUCUUCUCAAUUGCGGGGAGGAAUCCCCGGCAAACGUGACCGAACAAAUCGAGAUUACACUGGCUGACAUUAGCGGCAUGGUCGCUGCUGAGUUUAUUGGUGGAGAUGUGACGUCUCAAGGCGUUGAGGAAGUUGGCGACAUUACAGCGCCAAUGGUGGCAUUGGAGCCUGGGGAUACGGGACUACAGUCGCAGCACCCAGGUGCUACGACAGAAUCAUUUACCUCAAUCGAACUGACCCCUGCCACGGAAACUCAAAAUCAAUAUGAGAAUAUAGCCUCGGAGAGUGUCGAACAGUCUCCCCUUUCUUCUGCUGCGCCUACUUCCGCAUUCGGUGACUCUCCUGAGGAACAAUCUGAUAAACCUGACGCCGAGCCCAUUUGCAUUGUUGUGGAGAGGGAAACUACUCCCCCUAUUUCUCGUGGGGUGAGCGAAGGGAUUGAAGUAGCAUCUUUCGCUGGGGAAGUGCCUGAUCUCGAUGGUGAAUAUGUAGUUGAGGAACCUCUUACUGCAGAAGCCUCGAUGGAGCCAGAGCUAGAGGUCGCUGUCCCAGUCGACGUACUGGUGGAGACUGUUCCUGUAACGCCAAAGUCUGCUUCUGCGGAAUUAUCCUCAUCUGAUAAUCACAAUGCCUCGACCUUCCCAAUGCCCAUAUUUUGUGAUCCUUCUGUAUCUGACCCUAUCGUUUCUUCUGGGACCAAGCAUCCGCAACAGACUCCUCCACGUUUGAUCAAACUCCCAAGCACCCCUCACAUCAUCAUUAGCCCGCACUCUACACCAGGCCAACCCACGCCAGUCUCAGUUUCGGUCUCUACGUCAAUGUUGCAUGCCUUCUCUCGUCGGGUGUCGCCAUCCGAAGGCAGCAGCGGUCCAAGUGGUCUUUUCACGCCUAGUGGCGAGUCGACUAGUGUGGAUACAAGUGACGUCUUUGGCACACCGCUCCCAUCCUUUGAUGAUGUUUUAGCCUCCGUCGCGAAUGCCCUAGCCGAAGAGUCGCAAGCUGAAAUUGACACAGCCAUGAUCUAUGCCUCCGAAAACGUCGUAGUCACCGAACCAAGUUCAGCCGAAACAUCCACUGGUGACCAAGAAGAUGGUAUUUCUGAGCUUGCGGAAGCUACGCAGCUUGAUGUAUCCCAUCCUUUGUCUGCCGAUGAUGAUGAUGCGGUGACCAAAAGCGAUCAACCACCAACAAACCAUGACACUGGACACCAUUCAGUAGUGGAGGACACCACAGUAGAUUCGCUAGAAUCUGAGGAAGUUGAGGAGACGGUCGGAAGCACCGCGCCGACAGCAGUAAUUCAAGGGGCUCUAUUAGAUGAUGCUCACCCCGAAGAAGCUCUAGUAGCAUCAGCUGAAGCUCUUCCCACAGACGUCCUCAGACUCGUGGACUCCUCCCCCUUACUGAGUCCUCUGUCAGAACAAGAUCCCUUCCAAUCAGUGGCAUUUAACGGUCAGGUACCACCGGUAUCCGUUCCUGAAGAAGGCCAAGACGACAAUCAGGAAGACGCUGUUUCCAAAAGUGGAUUGGAACACUUCACUAAUGUCCCGGACACUGCGCACGAGUCUCUUGAUGUUCAUGAACCUGAAAGGUCUGGAGAUGCUGAGGACCAAGAAUCUCAAACAAAGCCUUCGAAGCGGAAAAGAACGUCAUCAGUACAACCUUCGAAUCGUCUCACUCGUUCGAUGUCAAGCAGGGUCUCAGAUGGACGUAAGAAAUCUCGGGGGAAUCACAAAGCAGAGCAGAGUGUGCCUGCUCGCGGCCGGAAGCGGAAGCUCCUCGACGUUAAAGAUAGUGGUAGCGAUCAUGGAUCAGUAAGCUCUGGCACUAGCACCGCUGCCAAGAUCCUCCAAUUAACCAGCGCUCACGGGUCACGGGCGUCAUCUAUCAUCUCCACCGCUCCAAGUGAUUCCUCUUCGAUUCAACACUCUCCAAUUCCACCGCCGCUCUUCCAUGCACAUGGUGCUAUGCAUCACACCCAUCGACCGCCACCUCCACCUCCUGUGCCAGUUCGGACUCACGAUGUCAAGACGGCAUCCCCGGAGCCUUCCCAUGACCACGUCGGCCAAAUUGAUCUUUCUUCAGUUUCAGCUGUGACCCGUGCUCCCUCUUCCAACGUUCAGCGUCUUGCAGCAUCUACAAGUUCACCUGUCACUCGCUCUAACUGUCGAUUCCAUAAAGUCAGUUUACCUAAAGAGGAAGGCGGGCCAAGAGUAUAUUUUGUGGUGCCCGGUUGCUCUCUUAGUGACAAGGAGUUGAUGGACGAAGAGGAGAUACAGGAUCAUGGUCCCGCAACUUAUGAGGAUUACCCUCGCUUGGUGGGCAAUAUCGAAGCCUUGGACUUCAAUCCGUAUCUCGUCGGCAUUUUGCGGCAACUAGUCGGAGUGGACCUGAUUCGAGAAAAUGAGGUGUUCUAUCUGCUCCAACCCGGGGAGGAAGCACAAUACAAGAAGAAGGGUCGAAAAUCAACCGCAGGGUCGAAGCUUGGCACAUCCAUGUCGCAGAGUGCCGUCAACUCGCCACAAGUUUCAGUGGCGUCGCGCCGUUCACCGGUGACAUCGAUCUCGCGGCCACCCGUCUCCACCACAGGAUCAAUCGCGACGUCGUUUGGAUCGUCCUGGUCUGAGGCGCAGCUGUACAAGUACACAUCUUCUCUAUUCUCAGCGUCAGGUGAAGAGCCGUCCGAUGAAGAAGGCAGUCCUCCCGAACUAAAACGUCGACGGAAGGAAUCCGUUUCCGAUGAAGGAAUACGUGCAGACAUAGAAGGGGAUACUAAUUUUCCUCAAGAUCCAUCGAAAGGUUCGCAGCUAUCGACCCACAUCCUGAAACGGAAGCGGAGCAAACGUCAAGGUGCAGACUCAGCUACAUACAAGCCUCAUCCAGAGGAUGUAGAUGACUCUGAUAGUGGGGCAGAUGGAUUAGGCAAGGGUCGUCGCAAGACGAAAAAGAGCAAAGGGAAAAAGCGGCCUCGUGUAGCAGAUGAAGAACAAGACUCGCAAGCCAAGAGACAGAAGCAGGUUCCCACUGAAUGAAAGCAUUUCGGUAUCUUUAUGUUUGUGUCAUUUUUUCCUCGCCACAUAUCCAUCUUCAUUUGUAUCUGUAGUAUCUCC